AUGCUGCUGCCGCUGCUGCGGAGUAGCUGCUUCCCUUCCUCCUCCCCCGGCGGCGGCGGUGGUGGCGGCGGCGGUAGCCGUAGCGGCGGUAGCGGCAGCGGGGAGGGGGGCGCAGGAAGCCGCCCGGCGGAACAGCUGCAGCGCGGGCCCCCGGGGCCGCUCGAGCGCGGAGACUUCGAGCCGGGGGCCGACCCCCUGCGCGCGGCUGAGACCGAGGCCAAGGCCGAGGGGGCGCCGGGGCCCGGGGCGCGCGGCCGGGGGGCGGGCGGCGGCGGACGGCGGGCCGAGCGGGAGCCGUAUGCGUGCAUGGAUCCGGGCGCCGCGCUGCAGAGGCGGGCCGCGGGCGGCGGCGGCCUGGGCGCGGGCUCCCCGGCGCUGUCGGGCGGCCAGGCCCGCCGGAGGAAGCAGCCCCCCAGGCCGGCCGACUUCAAGCUGCAGGUUAUCAUCAUCGGCUCCCGCGGCGUGGGCAAGACCAGCCUGAUGGAGCGCUUCACCGACGACACCUUCUGCGAGGCCUGCAAGUCCACCGUGGGUGUUGACUUUAAGAUCAAAACUGUAGAGCUAAGAGGAAAGAAAAUUAGACUACAGAUCUGGGACACAGCAGGUCAAGAGAGAUUCAACAGCAUUACCUCAGCGUAUUAUAGAAGUGCCAAGGGGAUCAUACUCGUGUAUGACAUCACUAAGAAGGAGACGUUUGACGACUUGCCCAAAUGGAUGAAGAUGAUUGACAAGUAUGCUUCGGAAGAUGCAGAGCUUCUCUUAGUGGGAAAUAAGUUGGACUGUGAAACAGACAGAGAGAUCAGCAGGCAGCAGGGUGAAAAGUUUGCACAGCAGAUAACUGGGAUGCGGUUCUGUGAAGCAAGUGCCAAGGAUAACUUCAACGUGGACGAGAUCUUCCUGAAACUUGUUGAUGACAUUCUGAAAAAGAUGCCUCUGGACGUCCUAAGGAAUGAGCUGUCCAACAGCAUCCUCUCGUUACAACCAGAGCCCGAGAUCCCACCGGAACUGCCUCCCCCCCGGCCACACGUCCGAUGCUGUUGAUUUGCUGCUUUGGAGACAAAGUGGAAACAAUUCCUGGAAGGGGGGGAAAACGUUCUAUUCCGCACUACAAUCAUUUUGACAAUUUCCUUUCGCACUUUGUAAUCCAAGUCAGAGCUAUACACUAACUUGUAAAUAUGCAAAUAAUGCAAUCCUGGGUAUGUUUUGGUUAUAAAUUACAUAUUUCCCUCCAAAUUAUUAUAUUUCAUUCAUUGCUCCAGUGUCUUGUGUACACACACUGGGAACGUAGUACUUCUAAUAUGAAGAAUGGGAGAAAUGAAAGCUAUAAUGUUUCUUAAAUACUUGUCCUUGUUAAUUAUAUUAUGAGGACAGAAGAUAUUGUGAUAAGAAGAGAGGACGUGGUGCUUUGCUUACUGUUUGAAAGGAAAUUUAUAAAACGAAAGACUUUUGGGGAAGAAAAGCUAAGCCAAGUGCUUUCUCUUGCUGACACGGCAUUUCCCCAGCUGUAGCAUCGCUCAGGCGUUGGAGUGUUCCUGCCACCAAGCCAGGCUGCAGCCAUAGCCGCCGUCACAGGUGACUUCCUGAUGUGACCCAGUGGCAGAGUACCGCCAGUGAGAGGGCCGGGUCUGACUUGGUCCCGGGGCCGCAGAAUCCCCGUGGUUUCCUGAUGGACAUCCCCCAUGCUUUUAAGAACUACAACGAUUCAGUAAAGAAAGAAGUGUUUUUGAAACUUUAGAAAAAGAUUUUAAAACGACGCUGCUGUCCUAAACAAAUCCUGUUUAAAGGAAUUUUUCAGAGGUUUUACUCUAUCAGAGAACACGGUGUGUUUGCCUAAGCAUCCUGUCCCUUUGUAAUGACGAGACUUCUCCCCUUUAUGAUGAGGCUUAUUCCUGUUAAGCCCAGACUGUGUUCGGUUUUCUUCCUUUAUUUUUUUUUUGGUCUGAUAAUGAAUUUGUGAACUCUUAUCUUUGGUAUAUCUUUUAUUAAACUGCACUGUUUUGUUUAGUCAAGGUAAAUAAGUAAUUAUGUAUUUGAAUAACUUGGCGUGUCUUGAGUGUUGUGGUAUGAGAAGCAUUGUGGUCUUUCUACACUAAUGAAGUGCAAAUAAAAUUUUGUAUUUAUGAAUGA